GGUACGUUGUGUUGCGCUUUGGAGCUGCUGCUAUCCCUUGGCAUCGCGGCACCGUACCGACAGCCUGCCAGUUCGCCAGCUAGUUCUGCUCCUUCAAGCUAAAGCGCUAUUCCCUCAAACUUGGUCUGCUUCCUUUUCUACAGUAUCUGUGUUUGAAGUAUACCGUACUAGUUUGGGUCCAUCUUCUGCUUCGUCGAUUUCAAGUAUGACAUAUUCAUUGUCAGCCAGUGGCUGCGAUAUGGAGCUUCGAGGGUCCAAUUCUUUAGUUCUUGUCUUUCAAGCACAUUAACUUGCGAGAAGAAGCAACCCGCACGCCCAGUCACAAACAACUCACACCGAUAGCUAGUCUACAUACUGAAUCUAUCUUGUCACAAACCUGUGGCCUCUUGGUUUGUUUCUGCGGUGUUGACAGGAUAGCAUUCUGAUCUCGGCAACCUUGUUUCCCCCCUUCUCCAUUUGCAGAAGCCCAAGCUCGGGCUUCGCUUUCCGUCACUCUAGCCAGCCUAUAUAUAGGCAUGGCCAUUCUUGGUGCCGACACUCAAUUAUUUACUUUUUGUCAAGAUCUAUUAUCGAAAUCACACUAAAGCAAAUAGUAGCUACAAACUGGAUGCGCUGCAUGGCUGCUGGAGCUCGCUGGCCAGGUAUCUCUUCCCAUUCAAUGGAUGUUGCAUUCCGAAAUGGAAGAGACUUGCACGAUCUUCAAUAAUGAUGAUUAUUGGCAGCGAGUUUGAGUGAUCCAUGACUCCAUGACUCCACCAAGGAAAAGAAGGCAGCAAUGGAAGGAUGACGGAGCAGUGCAUGUCCACAAGGACAAUGGCUUCUAGGCUCUCUCAUUCUUUGGAACAACAAUCAAGAUGCAAAAGUAGGCUCGUACUACCUUCUUGUGGGCCAAGUAUCAUCUUGGAAUGCUCUCACUGGAGAUACCUCUCCAUGGAGUUCGCUUGUUGAUGAAAAGACACCACCCGCCUUGGAAAGGUGAGCUGAAGCUGGUAAUAGCCAGGUUUCUGUAUCUCGGGUAUAACACUCCAUGACCAGUGCCGGUAGUACACUUUUUAAAACAGCAGUCAUGAAUGCUCUUGGGAUACUGCAACUGACACCACUUACCACCAUCUUUGCUUUGCAGGAGCUAUUGGCAGGUACCACAGCCAUGCAACUGCGGUGAGGACGUUUCUACGGAGCGGUAUAGAUCACCACUAGGUCGAAGGCCAACCAGAAGAGCUGUUACCUAUACUGGAUAUGACAUAGCAAUCGAUGACCCGCAACCACCUUCUUGUGGUGGCUGGUUCGGGUCAGCGAGUGGCUGAAGACUGUACGGUAGCCUAACACGUGACCCUCCAAGUCUCAUAAAACCAAACCAUCGCAGAGUGGAGCAAGGAUCGCGAACAAUGCAAGGAGUGAGGGUCGAUGUUGUUGUGUCUAUGGUUAUGGUCCUUGUGGGCCUUGUGCUUCCGUGCCUUGGACAGGGAGACUUGGAUGUUACCGUCACGGGCGUCUCGGCCUAUUCCCUGAGCUUUGACACUGGCCCUGGCAUGCCGGAGGCCACAAACACCGUGGAGAUCCAAAUCUUUGACAAAUGUCGCAUGCAAGGUCAGGGCCAGAAAGAUCAGGGUUACUGGUUUCCUUCGAGCACCGUGACAGGGAUUGAGGCAGAAGUCUCGGACGUCAACAAUGCUCCUGGUACUGGCAACACGAUCACGUACAGGUUUGUGGAAGGGAUUGAAGGCAACACGGACGUUUACACCAAGCUGGAUUCCACUACUGCCAUUCUAUCCUUUUGUGUCCAAGUGGGUUUGUACAUUAAUGGAUAUCUAGCCAACUGGGAAGAGGUCCGGGUUCACUAUGAUAUUGAUUUGGCAACGGAUAUCAACGACCAAGGAGAUCCAAUGGUCUUUGUAGCUUCCGCUGAAGGUUUUGUGGCCUCCGCAGAAGAGACUGGUCUAGACGAAAACAGUAUGGUUGGCUACUUUUGCGAUCCCCAAACUCUAAAAGAGAUUCCUGGAGGAAGCGCCACCAUGACCCAGGGUAGCACUGUUACCACAUGCUUCGAAGUCGUUGACGAAGCACGGCGAUCUCUUCAGGGGAAUGGCAAUGGCAAAAACAAACACACCCAAUUCGAAAUGUCCGACAUUAUGGAUUUGCUCAUUAAAGACUUGGGGGACUCUCAAGCUGCCCAAAGCAUCAUUGUUGCCAGUCAAAAUGCGCGAGGAGUUGGUUUUGCCAAGAAAGCGUGCAGGAAAAAGGGAAAAUCUACAGUCACGUGCUCGGUUUCGUUCUUGCUCAAGGCAGACUUUUAUGAUUACAACGCGGCCCAGCUCACAGGGGAAGGCUCUGCGGUUGUGGAUCUGGGAGAAGCCGGUCGUCGCCACUUGGUCAAGUUUCGCACCUCCUCGGAAAACAAUGAGAAUGGGCUACGUCGCUUGGGGGGUGCUCAAGUGGUCGCUCCGACUGCUGUCAAGCCCACGGCUUUCAAAGUGGAACGCAGGAACUUUGAUCGCCGAGUGUCGGGUGCCGCGUCAAACUAUAGCAUGGUGGGAGUGGCCUGGGCGGCAUUCUUUGUGGUGUCCAUAGUGUUCUUUUCGGUCUAAUUGGGGCGGGUCUCUGCCACUCAAACAGGCACUACAUCUAUAUAUAUAUAUACGGUACGAACAAGUCAUACACUAAUAGACAAACAUAAAAUGAAUGCAUUGAUGAUU